AUGAGUAGUGGUAGCUCGCGCCAGCGCUCUGCGACCAGAUCUGAUACCCACGACCGCAAUUCGAGUCCCUUUCCCAGUGUCCCACGAUCUAGAGACGAGAUUCACAACCUCGACGGCCUCGUCUUCACAAACCUGCCCUCCAACUACCAGCCCUCCACCCCCAAACUCCCGCCGCCCUCCCUGCACACGAAGGCAUCCAACUCCAGCUUCCUCUCCCCCGGCGGUGCUCGCCCAAGAGCCGCCACCGCGAGCUCAAUCCCCACGAGCCUCCCGACCACUCCUCUCCUCCUCGGCCCCGACGCCGCGAGGCCAGCUACCCGAGCUGGCCCGCCUCCGAAACCACAAGCCAUGUAUCAAAACAACCAACGACAUGUCUCCGCCGCCGACUCCUCCAGGCCCUUCCAGGUCCCUCCGCCGCCGCCGCCCAUGUCACCACCCGUCCAGGGCCAGAUGAGCAACAUGAUGUCCAUACCUCCUCCCCCGCCGCGCUUUCCCUCUGCUCCCGGCGCCACGGGCGGCGGCGGCAUGAUGCUCCCGCCGCCUCCCGGUCCGCCCCCGGGGAGUGCGAUGGCAGGCCAGGCGCCGUGGCAUGGCGCCUUUGGACGAAUGUACGACGGCCGCAACGGCUUCAACGUACCCCCUCCCCCGCCAGGACAACAUCAGGCCUACAAUCCGAAGCUGCAUGCCCAGGUUGCGACCGGCACGACACUAUCGAUCCCGCCCCCGCCUCCCCCGAAUGACCAUGGCAGCGGCAUGUCUGCGACCUACAUACCGCAAGGCGAUACCUAUGGCGAAGGAGUUGGAAUACCAGGCCUGGGCGGCUUUGACGAGACAUCCACCUUCUCUGCAACGUCGCAAAGCUCGUGGCCCACGAACAGCCAGACCAGCGCUGACACAACCAUGACAACACCCCAGGACGACAUUACUGGACGAGACAGGAUGUACGCCCAGGCUAUGCACACUCGAGGGCUGUCGCAACAGUCUAACGCCACCACCUGGAGUAUUCACCCGGAUCUGGCUGCGCAGUGGCCGCUGGACAAGGUGUUGCUGUUUCUCGCAUCCAACCAAUUCUCAAAGGACUGGCAGGAGACGUUCAAGGGCCUCAACAUCCACGGAACCCACUUCCUCGAGCUCGGGAGCGGCCUAGGAGGACGAGGGAACUUUGGCAUGAUGCACCAACAGGUGUAUCCGAGACUGGCAGUCGAGUGCACCAACAGCGGGACAGGAUGGGACCAGCCACGAGAGCGAGAGGAAGGAAAGAGAAUGCGACGGCUCAUUCGCAACAUCGUCAAGGGUCUGCCGGCUGACCCAUCGAAAGUAUCUUCGCACGGGAGGAAAGAGUCUGUGAACCACGGCAACAACCUGCCCAGCGCAGGGACCGAUGGCGCAGACUCUCCCAACGUGAGUAUGAUCGUUCGUCCGAGUGAACUCUCGAAGACUGAUGACCGGCAGACGCCGAUCAAGGCUCCUGGUCCUGGUUUUGGCGGACGACGGUUCUCGCAGACCAGGUCUACUACUAUGCCUACGCUCAACAGCACAAUGAGCUCAGACUCUAACCACAGGAACAUCCUGAAGCAAAUCGACAUCGACGGCAGCCGGCGUCACAGCCCGAACGCCAGCGAGCCCGGCGACAGCUUCCGCCCGCCGCCUCUACGAACCGACAGCCCCAAUGGGAGUCCAAACCCGCAGAGCGCGUCCCUCUUUCCCUCGUCGGCAGGCAACCUUUCAGCCUCUCCGCACUCAGCCAAAUUUGGGCAUCGGUCACGGAACAGCACCGACUCUCUGUCCUCCAACGCUGCCAUAUAUGGUUCUGGAAUUCCUCCCGAGGCUAGCCAGAUGUUGCGCAGUGGUAUGAACAUCGCGGACAUGAUCCAGGCCACUCGCGGUAACGCAGAGAGUCGCCGACUGGGUCAGGAUGGUGGGCGCCCAUCGCCUCAGGAGUCCAAUGGUGAUCGCUCGGCUGGCACCGAACCCCCAUCAUCUGCAAAGGACGGAAAGAGCUUUCUCAGCUUCUUAUCUAGGAAGAAGAAGCAAAAGGAAGACGGUGCCUUCCCCAGCCCCGACGAUGUGGAGUCACCGACGUCACCAGCUCUCAACUUCAAGUCUCACUCAUUCGGCUCUCGAUUUGGCAACAACAGUGAGACAUCGCUUGAUCUCCUGCAUGAGAAGGACAAGUCGAGACGUUCUGGCCCUGGCAGAACGUAUGUGUUGGCUACCAUGGAUGGUUACAACUACCGCAUGUGCGACAUUACUGAAGCCGAAUCGGCAACAGAUCUUCGACAGAUUGUUUGCAGCAGCCUUGGUUUGAUGGAUGCUUUGAAUUCUCAAAUAUAUUUGACCGAGCUUGGCAAAUUUGACCACGACCAGCCGCUCGACGAUCAGAAGUUGACGACACAACGCAAGGUCAGAGCUGAUGCUACAGGGUCUUUGAAGCUCUUCAUCCGUCCUUCCGGUUACGUGCCCCAAGGCUCGGGCCAGGCUAAUGGCGCUCCGGCACACACGUCCCUCGACGAGGAGGCGUACAACCGUUUGAACGGUCUAUCGAGGACGAGAUCCAGCUCGUCGCCGCCGACAUCAAGGCAAAACACACUGACCGGUGAGAGAGUUGAUGACAAGAUGCUCGCACAGGAAGCUAGUGAAUACCGUGCCGAGAUGGAACGCAAGCAGCGCGAAUACCUCGAGAAGAGAAGACAAGCAGCCAUGAAGGACGGCAGAAACGCGCCGGAAGGCGUUUCCACCCCAUACGGCAUACACGGGCGCACAGUCGACUUUGAUCAGCCCCGACAGUCACCUUAUGAGGACAAGAAGCCGGAAGUACUGUUCCCUGUGCGGAAGCCACCUGCGCCGCCAAGCGACCCUUCUGCUACUCUUCUCAAGGCAAACUCUUUAAGCAGAAAGACUGGACACGCCAUGCGGUCAUCCGACGGCAGCAUUUCGUCGGCACCGCGACGACCAUCCACCUUGUUUGAGGAUAUGGAGCUUCCCGGACAAAAUCCGGACAAAAAGAAGAAGACAAACAGCCAGCCUGUUGGUGGCAUUGGUGCAGCCCUCGUGGGCAUGGGCAGAGGCCUUGGGGCGGUUGGCCAUUCGAACAACCGCAGGUCCAAGUCGCCCAAGCGAGUGUCGUCGCACUCUAACAUGAGCGGCGAUUACUCAGAUCGAGGUAAGGGAGCAAUGUCGUCGGUUGACUUUGGCAAGUCCUGCUCGGAUCAAGGUAGUCCUCGCACGGCGUCUGGCUCACCUGGCUCUCUCACAUGGAGCCGUGGAAAUCUGCCCUUCGUCGUGCCUGACUACUCUCCCGGCGGGACUCCGCUGUCAAGGAAGAGGUCUCAAAAUGACUUUGAUUUCCUCGAUACGGAAGUCAGCUUUGACAAGCCUCCUGCACAGCGUGAUGACGACUCUGGUGACGAUUCUGAUGAUGGCUUGUUUGCCGUUCCUCUGACCAGCCAGCAAAAGAAGCCUACCAAGAUUACGCGCAUCUUCGAUGGCGAUGAUUCGCCUGAUGAGGCCAACGACAAACGACCGACCCUGACGGUGAACACUGCCAAGUCGAAGAAGAAGGUUUCUGUAUCAUUCAACUCGCCCAAGUCGUUCGGCGGCUCGAGCAAGGAGGGUGAAGAAGACGAGGCUCUCAUGAGUGCUCGCAGCGGCAAGAGCUCACGCAGGACGCCCAACACACCUGGUUCAGAGGGAUGGGAGUCGGAAGACAGCAAGCUUAGCCGAAGAAAGUCGUUUGUGGAGAAGGACGUCUGGGCAAACCGUCCCACCACCGAUGCCCUUAUCAACAACCUCGACGACUUCUUCCCGAACUUGGAUCUUGACCAGCCGGUGCUCGAAGAGGGAGGAGCGGAUGCAUCGCCCCCGUCUCCUAUUUCCGAGUCCGAGGAGAAGGAAGCUGCCCCUGGACCCUCGGCGCUUCCGCAAUCUCCUCCACCAAGCUUGCGCGUGGCUAUGGGCCAGGCAAAUCGGUCAUUCUACAACGAGAGCGAUACCCUGGGCUCGGAUGAGUCUACUCUCAAGGCGCUUGAGCGUCCAGCUUCCGUAGCCUCGGUCGCUCAACGCAGCGUGAGACGUUCUGGAGGUCUCGGCCGUAUGAAGUCCAUCCGUGAAGUUGCUCGUGGUGCUCACGAGGCCAACAAGCGGUUUACUACCACAACAACGCAACAGGGCCAAAAUGGCCAGAACACAUCGGCAUUGAUGAGGAGGAAGAGCACAAAGAUGUUUAACGCCAACAUUGUGCAGAUCCGGCCCGAUCAACGAGGCAGCAUGGUCAUGCCCCAGAUUCCCCAGGAUACAUUGCCCAAGCGCCAGACUACGUUCCGUUGGUUCAAGGGUCAACUUAUCGGCAAGGGUACCUACGGUCGCGUCUACCUCGGUAUGAAUGCUACGACUGGAGAGUUCUUGGCCGUCAAGGAAGUCGAGGUCAACCCAAAGGCGGCGCAGGGCGACAAGGCGAAGAUGCGGGAGUUGGUGGCUGCUCUUGACCAGGAAAUCGAGACGAUGCAGCAUCUCGACCACGUCAACAUCGUCCAGUACCUUGGUUGCGAGCGUAAGGAGACAUCUAUCAGCAUCUUCCUCGAGUAUAUUUCCGGUGGCAGUAUCGGAUCCUGCCUGCGGAAGCACGGCAAGUUUGAGGAAUCGGUAGUCUCGUCGCUUACCAGGCAGAUGCUGUCUGGUCUUGCAUACCUCCACAGAGAGGGUAUCUUGCAUCGCGAUCUCAAGGCCGACAACAUCUUGCUGGAUCUCGAUGGCACCUGCAAGAUCUCCGACUUUGGUAUCUCCAAGAAAACAGACAACAUCUACGGCAAUGACAAGUCCAACUCGAUGCAGGGAUCCGUGUUCUGGAUGGCGCCUGAGGUCAUCCGCUCCGAGGGCAAGGGAUACAGCGCCAAGGUCGAUAUCUGGAGUUUGGGAUGCGUUGUGCUGGAGAUGUUUGCCGGUCGACGGCCUUGGUCCAAGGAGGAAGCCGUUGGCGCCAUCUACAAGAUUGCAAACGGAGAGACGCCGCCUAUCCCAGAUGAGGUCCGUGAAACUAUCAGUCCGCUGGCGAUUGCUUUUAUGCUGGACUGUUUCACUGUAAACCCACUGGAGCGGCCUACCGCAGACGUGCUGCUCUCGCAGCACCCCUUCUGCGAGCUGGAUCCCAACUACAACUUUUUCGAUACCGGGCUAUACACCAAAAUUCGCGGCAAAGACGUCUAG